AUGGCGGAUUAUCACUUUGUGUACAAAGAUGUUGAAGGAGCAUCAACACAAUGGGAUGAUAUUCAAAGAAAGCUUGGAAAUUUACCUCCAAAACCCCCUGCCUUCAAACCCGAUCCUUUUACUCCUGCAGAAGAUGAAGAUUCAAAACCUAAAGACAAAAAUUGGAUCGAUAACAAGACAGAAGAAGAACUUGAAGAUCUAGAGGAUGAUCUUGAUGAUGAUCGAUUCCUUGAAGAAUACAGGAGAAAGAGAUUAGCAGAGAUGAAGCAAAUCGUGAAAGUUGCAAAAUUCGGAUCAAUCAUACCGAUUUCUGGAUCAGAUUUUAUACGCGAGGUAUUACAAGCUCCAUCUGACGUAUGGGUAGUGGUUCUUUUAUAUAAAGACGGGUACCCUGAAUGUGGAGUACUAAUGCAAUGUCUUGAAGAACUUGCAACAAUGUAUUCGGCCACAAAGUUUGUUAAAAUUAUAUCAACUGACUGUAUUCCUAAUUACCCCGAUCGCAAUCUUCCCACUUUGUUGGUCUAUAAUAACAGCGCAGUGAAGGCGAAUUACGUGGGUUUACAUACUUUUGGUCGCAGAUGCACUCCGGAAGCCAUUAUGUUCUAUUUCCUUUUGUUGUUAAUGGAUUUGGGUUAUGUGUUGGGUGUUGCUAUGAUUUUGUGUCAAUCGGAUCCUGUUCUUAACGAUGGGCAGAGUGAAGGUGAAGCUUCUAGAGAUGCUGUUCUUGAAGGGGUGAGGAGGAGGUUUAUAGAGAAAGUGGUGACUCAACAUGAAAAUGAUGAUGAUGGGUCAUCGAGUGAUUAG